UUCAAGACUCCCAACUCACAUCUUGCUGCAAUAACCUAUUCAAAUAACCAGCAACAUGGGGUCGAGAUAUUUACUUGCGUCGGUAGUGGGUCUUCUGGUCAUUGUCAAUUGUGCGACUGCAUUAUCGCAAUGGGACUUCCACUUCGGUACAAAGGAAAAUUACGUAAUAAAACUUUUCGAGAAGCAGGGUAAAAUUGGACCGUUCUCGUAUCGCCAAUCUUUUCCGAUAGAAGUGCCGGUACUCAGUGAGAUAACUUUCGUCCAAGUGUCAGUGUGGUCUCUCAGCCCCCCAAAAGUGGAUUACGAUGAAGCCUCCCAAACUGUUUCUAUCAAUUUCUCUUCCAUACAGAUUACGAACAGCUCAUACAAAAUUGAGGCCUAUGGUAUCCGAUACAUAGCUUCUGAAGAAAAAAAGGGAUAAUAAUGUUUUACAAUUAAUUCCAGCUCAUAAGUUUGAUUAUCUACUAUCCAUCUAAUUUA